CAGCUCGAAUGCGUGCCAUGUUGCACCUCACGUGCGCGGUGUAUAACCACGACGGAUCCGAAAUAUUGGGCUCAUAUAACGAUGAGAAUAUAUAUUUGUUUGAUUCUAAACUGGAUGUGUAUGAUAAGGAUGCACCGGACCUUAAGCAGACCUACAGCCACAAGUACAGCGGGCACAGGAACAGUGCCACGUUCAAGGGUGUGUCUUUCUUUGGCCCCCGCAGUGAGUACAUAGUGUCCGGUUCGGAUUGCGCCCACAUAUACAUAUGGGAGAAACAUUCGGAGGCCAUUGUCCAAUGGGCGGAGGGGGAUCAGAAUGGUGUGGUAAAUUGCAUCGAGCCUCACCCACGAUUCCCCAUCAUGGCAACAAGUGGACUAGACAAAGACAUCAAAAUUUGGAUGCCGAGACGCCAAUCUGGACCUGAUUUUACUGGACUGGAGAAGAUAAUCCGCUCGAACGCGGCGACGCACCGGGCGCCCAUUUUCACCGACUUCCUUCCGACGCUCUACAACGCGUGGCGCGGCUCGCUCGCCGACGAGGAGACGCCGCCCGGCAACCUAGAGUUCGACGGCAACGCGUGCACCACCUUCUAGCAGAUCUACCGGCACUCGCGCUUCACCAUACUCGGCCUGGGCAUGGGCAACGCGAACUAUUACUAGUUGCUAGAGCGCGCGUAGAGCCAUUGUAGAGCCACUCUACAAUCACCGGCGAGGUGAAUGUAGAGUCGCCGCACAGAAACCUGCGUUUCGACGGCAACGUGUGCACCACCUUCUAGCAUCUAGUAUAUGCAAUUGAAUUGGCAUUCUAAAUGUAUGAAAACCUUUCGAUUGUUAUAUAAGUUUGUUUGUAUACAAUAUGUAAAAUUAAACGGCUCUGUGAAAAUAUUUAAAAAUUGUAAAAGGCGAAUCGUAAAGCGGAAUUAGUAAUUAACUAAUUAAAAGUUAGCUUGAAAUUUGCAAGUAAAAUAUGUGAUAAAAAAUUGCAACACUCGUCAUCUGGAAAAGGAAUCACCAAAUGGACUGAAAAUAUUCAAAUUUCCAAACAAAAAAUUUUAAGUGUAUCUAAUAAAAAAAACACAUGAUAUAUGUACUAAUAAUUGUAAUAUUCCACGUUCUGUCGGAUUUUUAAUGUCUCUCACUAACUUUUAAACAUUUUAGAGGUCAGAUUACGAAAGAUACAAAAGAUCUUGAUAAUCUUUUUAAUGAAAACAAUAUGAUUAAACCUUCAUAUAGUAGAACAUUAAUGUCAUAGGACAGUUGGCUAUGGCAAAUAGAUAAGUAGUGAUUAAUUGUGUAAACAUGGUAUAACCAUGCUUAUAUUGAAAUAUUUUAAAGUUGUUUCCUUGAAAGCAUAGAUAUCAAGGAGGUAAUUUUAUAAAAGUAGUUUAAUUUCAACAAAGAAUUGAUAUGUUGUUAUGGUAAUAAAAUUAGAUUAAAAUGUAAUUCCUAUUUAAAUUAACAGAAACCAAGUGAUUUUUUUAAUUUCCCAAAUACUCUAAUGCAAUUCAGCUUUGAGUGAGGCAUAAUCUUUUAUUUAAAUUAACAGAAACCAAGUGAUUUUUUUAAUUUCUCAAAUACUCUAAUGCAAUUCAGCUUUGAGUGAGGCAUAAUCUUUUAUUUAAAUUAACAGAAACCAAGUGAUUUUUUUAAUUUCCCAAAUACUCUGAUGCAAUUCAGCUUUGAGUGAGACAUAAUCUUUACGACACGACUCAUAAACGUUGAAUAUUUGAGUAUUUGGUUUUUAUGUAAACCAAUUUUGUAGGCUAGUCUGGUUCUUACUAUACUUAAUUUGAAGUUUUGAUAUUAGUCAAUAGGAAAUUCGACUACAGUUUGUGCAUUAAAUAAUCGCAAUAUAAAUACACGCAUUUGUAAUUGGUUGUUAGUUCUAUUUAGGUAUGGUUGAAUAUAUAAAACCUCUGUCAGAACUAUGAAAGAAUCUAAGCCGAAUGACCAUAAUGCCAUUAUUUAAUAACCUUAUCAAAGUACGAUGAAAAUGUCCUACCAAGCACUUUGUUAUAUCCAAAACGUAAUACGUUAAAAGAUUCAAUGUGGCAUUGUUAAGUGCACAACCUGUAGCUUUUUUUAAUCCAAGCUUUAGCUGUAAUAGUCAUAAUAGUAAUAAUAAUCUUAACUUCAUUAUUGUGAACUAUACCAAUAUGUUUAUAAUACCCCACUUUAUUCAUAAGAAUUUGUGUAAAAACGUAAUAUGUCAUCAUAUUGUAUAUUACUGGUGUUGAAAAUGAGUUCAUAAUAUUAGUAGGUAUAUUGUAUUCUUGUAAAUGUUGAAUUGUUUAUUUUAAAAAAUUUCUCUUUGUUUUCUUUUAUGUUUAUUUGUUUGUUACGUCACAAAUAAGGCCAUAUUCAGGUUUGUUAAAAAGCUUUGUUUUUAUUACUGAAUAUCUCUUUUUGAUUUUAUUUAUUUUUAUGUCAAUAAAACACCCUUUGUUAAAUAAUAUGAAGAGAGGUGUGUAUUGUUCAAUAAAAAUAUCUAUUUUGUUUUGAAAACAUGUAAAUAUUGAAUAGAGUAAUAAACUCAUUAGACAUAAUCGUUAUUAUAUAAAAAAAAUAAAUGUUUGAUACAUCAUAA